GAGGCGUAGAAAAGAAACCCCCCCCAAAAAAAAGGGCAUAAAUAAGAAAGAAGGCUUUCUCGCUCCGGCGCGGGAGUGAGAGAGAUAGGGAGAGAGGGAGGGAGAGCUCCAGAAGAGCCCAUCGGAACCCCAAACGCAUUGCGGCCCUCGCCCUCCGACGCUGCUGGAGAUCGAGCGGCGCGGAAGAGAGCUUUUCCAAGAUCUCGAUUGGAUCUUUUCCCGCCGCUGGAUUCGCCUUCCGGCGUUCGGGAGAGAGAAAUGGCGUUUGCUCGCCCGAUGUUGAUAGUCCGGUGAUCGGCGGCAGUGGCGGAGUCGUCUGGGAUAGAGGACAGGGGAAUCGGCUGGUUCCGGGAGUGGAGGAGGUGGAAAGGCGAUGUUUUGGGCAAUGUGGGAGAGGUGGUGAGGGAUCGGGUGGUUAGCAGUUCUAUCUAUGGGAUUCCGAUUGUUAGAGAAAUGAAGGUGGAUUUUUGAGGUGAUUUCUGGGAUUGGUAGAUUCGAUCUAAUGUUUUCGGUGGAGUUUGGAUCUCAAUUUGGGAAAAUUUUCGUCUGGUUUUGCUUUUAUAACAGUAUCGGAUCUCGGACCUCAGUCUUUUUAUGAGUCAGAAAUGUGGAUUUAAUUGUUUUAUUUCUCUGAGGAUUAGAUGUAGUUGGAGAAGUUAUAGGGGAUCUCACUAAAUGAGCUAAAGAUUUAUGGAGCAGGGUGUUUCUAUUGGGGACUGAGGAGAGUGGUGGCAGGUGGGAGCAAAAAGCUGCUCUUGGGGGGGAUCAGAGAAGGUUUCCUGAUAUAUUACAAUAUAUUUGCAUUGGUGGUUCAGAUCCAUGGAGUCUCGAAUGGAUCAAUACGAGAUCAUGGAGCAAAUUGGGCGAGGAGCCUUUGGAGCGGCGAUUCUAGUGAAUCAUAAGCUGGAGAAGAAGAAGUACGUUUUAAAGAAAAUCCGGCUUGCAAGGCAAACCGAGCGCUGCAGAAGAUCAGCUCAUCAAGAGAUGGCUCUCAUUGCACGGCUGCAACACCCUUUCAUCGUUGAGUUCAAGGAAGCUUGGGUGGAGAAGGGCUGCUAUGUUUGUAUAGUUACAGGAUACUGUGAAGGUGGAGAUAUGGCUGAGUUGAUGAAGAGAUUGAAUGGAACAUAUUUCCCGGAAGAGAAAUUGUUGAAAUGGUUUACUCAACUAUUGUUAGCUGUUGAAUACCUGCAUUCCAACUUUGUUUUGCAUCGCGACCUCAAGUGCUCAAAUAUAUUUCUGACUAAGGAUCAAGAUGUGCGCCUUGGGGAUUUUGGACUUGCUAAAACCCUCAAAGCAAAUGAUUUGGCUUCUUCUGUUGUUGGAACUCCCAAUUACAUGUGUCCGGAGCUGCUUGCUGAUAUUCCAUAUGGCUUCAAGUCAGAUAUCUGGUCUCUGGGAUGUUGUAUGUAUGAGAUGGCUGCUCAUCGACCUGCUUUUAAAGCGUUUGAUAUGGCUGGAUUGAUAAGUAAGAUAAACAGGUCUUCUAUUGGCCCUUUACCUUCCUGCUACUCUUCUUCCCUGAAAACACUUAUUAAGAGCAUGUUGAGAAAGAACCCAGAGCAUCGACCAAAUGCAUCUGAAAUUUUAAGACAUCCAUGUUUACAACCAUAUGCCAAUCAGUAUCGGCCAUCCCCUGAUCCUUCAAGUGUAACUCAGUCACCAGAGAAGCCCAUCUCUGCUUCAUGCAGUGGUCAGAAGAACAUGUCUGAAAGCCAAAACAGCAGCAUUUCUAGCAGUGAUAAGGACAGUUUGCAGUCAAGCGAGAGGAACACAUCAGAGUUAGCUGUCAACUGUGAUCACAAGGAAGUUGAAAAAGUCACUUCUUCAAAUGAUGGAGUUGCCUCAGUUCCCUCACAAGAUGUCAGAGGUGAUCGUGGUGUCUCUAAAAUUGAGAUAGAAAGACAAAAUUCAUCAAAGCCCUUGCAUGUUGAUCAGAAGCCAAAGGUCGAGUCUAAGCACCCAAAGAUUGUUAAAAAUAUAAUGAUGGCUCUUAAAGAGGAGGGCAGAGUUAGAGAGAGCAGCUCACCUGCAAGAGCCAGUCGUGUUAAAAUUGGUGGUACACCAAUCCAUAAAAAUGGCACAGAACCAUCUCCUAGGUCAUCUAAGCCUUCUAGUUCCAGUUCUUCAAGCUCCAAGUCUAAUGCAGAAGCACCAGCUUGUGAAUCAAUCAAGACCAAUAGUGAUUCUGCAAAAAGAGCACAGGCAUCACACUCUUUGAAGCAUCUGUUACCAGUUUUGGACUGCUCCCCAAAAUCUAAACCUAGAUAUGAGGGGGCUUCACCCUCCAUUCCUGUCAAACAAGUUAUUGAAGAUGGCAUCCGUAUCAAGGCAAAGCAAAGGCUUCCACCUCCAAGUAUUGUCAGAAGGCCUUCUGUCCCUGAACCAAAACCUGCUGUGCCUGACGGUUCAAGCCUGACUGACAAUGGUAACAGGGGUGUUCCUGUGAAGAUAACUCCAGAGCAUGAGAGGAGUCAAAGUCAAACUGUGUCUAUCCCCAGGCAAGUCAUCAGCCAGGUUCAGGAAUCUGAAAAGGCUUCUUUGGAUCCUUCAAGAAGAAUGCAGACUGAUACAGGCAACUCGAAAGCACCAUCUGUUCAGAUUCAGGAAUCUCUACAGACAGGGAGCUCAAACUCUAAAAUUGAUCAUGAUGAUGAGAUCUUGCUCUCUAAAACUUCUGAAUCUAAUCCACCAAGAUGUUCAAUUUCUUCAUUCACACAUUCAAUAGUUGAUUAUUCAUCUGUAGAAAGUCUAGAUCAUGAUUAUAAACCUACACCAAUUACUGAGGUCAAUACAGCAGACUUGCAAAAGAGUAGUGCAAGUAAUGAUGAACUGUGUCUGAGUUCAGUCCUAGAGCCAUCCUUUCCCAGGUCUGAGCAGGAGUUUGUUUGUAAAGAUGAUGCAUCUGUGAUCAAGCCUGAGAAGAAUCCUGUUGCAACACAAAGUGGUGACGACAGGUUUACUGUCAGAGAGCUCCUCUCAUCCAUAACAGAUAUUGCACCUUUUGUUUCAGCUACCCCAAAGAAUACUCUUAUGGAGAAGGGACUGGUUCCAAAUCAGACUUUGGAAAAGCCGGCAGCUCAUCUAACCCCAGCUUUUGAGGAUGUCAUUCAUGUCAUAAGACACAGCAGCUUUCGUGUUGGCAGUGAGCAGCCAACAAUUGAGAAUAUUGAAAAGGGUGUUCAGAACAUAGAUAUGGGGAAGUUAUUGAAUGUAGUCAGAGAAGAUGUGGACGUGAGGAGUAUCUCACCAGGCCUGAAACCUCCUGGAUUUGUUGAAGCUGUAACUGUUAAAUCUAAUGUUUUAGAAAACAAUAUUCUCAAGGAGAAACCAAACAACUUAGAAACUGUAAAAUCAAAUUCCACAGAGGUCAGGUCAAAUUCCACAGAGCUCAGAUCAAAUUCAUCAGAUGUCAACCUUGGAUCAAAGGAAGAGGAAUCUCCAGCUAAAGAAACACUGGAUGUAAAUUCUUUUAGACAGAGAGCAGAGGCACUUGAAGGCUUGCUAGAGCUUUCAGCGGAGCUACUGCAGCAUAAUAGGUUGGAAGAGCUUGCAGUUGUUUUAAAGCCAUUUGGAAAGGAUAAGGUCUCCCCACGAGAAACCGCAAUCUGGUUGGCAAAGAGCUUUAAAGGGAUGAUGAAUGAGGAUGGCAACCACCUGGGAUGAGAACUCACACCCCUCUUUGGAUUAUUAUUUCCCCUUUUCUAACUCCAAAAUGUUAAGUAAUAUCUGUUGCUCUUGCUUGUUUUCCACAUCUUUUUUUUUUUUUUUGUAU